AUGGAGUCCUCACUCUCGUACCACGAACCAUCCGUCGUUAUUAUUGCCAUUCUGUCUGGCUUCCUCUUGUUGACCAAUGUGGUCAAUUAUGGGUUAGACAAGAUUGCUUACUGUGGCCUCAUUGGUCAAGUUGCCAUUGGUAUGGCCUGGGGUACACCGGGUGGAAAGCUACUUGAUAGCGAUAUAGAGAAUGCGGUGAUGCAGUUGGGCUAUCUCGGUCUAAUUCUUCUGGUCUUUGAAGGUGGGCUGGCAACAUCGUUCAAGACCUUGAAAGCCAAUAUUGUCCUCUCGUCCGGUGUAGCUCUCACUGGAAUCGCCGUCCCGAUGGGAUUUUCGUUCUUACUGCAAUCCCUGGUCGGCGCUUCAUCGCUGCAAGCGUUUGCUGCUGGGGCUGCUCUUUGUUCAACUAGCCUCGGAACGACUUUUACAAUCUUAGGAACCAGUGGUCUUUCAUCUACCCGCUUGGGCGUGGUAUUGACAAGUGCAGCCAUGAUGGAUGAUGUUGCAGGGUUGAUAAUGGUCCAGAUCGUGUCAAACUUAGGAAAUGGUGGUGAAUUCAAUGCCGUUACUGUUGUCCGACCGAUCAUGGUUUCCAUUGCCUUUGCACUCCUUGUUCCUAUUGUCUGCAGGUUUGUUGUUGUCCCCGUCACACUCAAAUUAAACCAGAUACGGGUUUCAAACCCAACUUCAAACAUUGCUCUUCUCCUCAAACGGCCACAGACCGCUCUCGUCACACACACCUUGCUGCUUCUGGGACUGGUAAUUGGGGGAACCUAUUCGGGAACUUCUAGCCUGUUAGCAGCAUAUAUAGCUGGAGCUGCAAUUAGUUGGUGGGAUUCAGAAGUUGAUCACCCCAAUACAGUGCAUGGAACUAGCUACGAGGGACCGGAGACAGAUUCAACUGGUGAUAACGAAACCAACUCUGCGACCCAAUCAAUACCAGGCGAGGACCGAAGUCAACCAGAAGACCCAAUCAACCCACCGGUGAGCGACGAGAACAGCAGCAUGUCAGGAAUGAGCAUGUACGAGGCCUACUACCGUCCCGCUGUCGAACAUGUUCUUAAACCAUUCUUCUUUCCCUUCAGUUAUGAGUGUGGACAAUUUGUGACCAAACAGGCCUCUAUCGGAUUUUCUAUCCCCAUCACCAAAAUGUUUUCUGGGUCCGUCAUAUGGAGAGGGAUUAUCUACACCAUUCUAAUGAUAGCCGGCAAGCUUCUUUGUGGCGCCUGGCUGGUCCCAGUCGGUGGCCCCCUUCACUUCAUCACAAGUCUUGCCAGGCGCGUUCCUAUUUUCGACAAGCUUGUCUACAAACCUUCCUCGCCAGGCUCCCAGUGCGCGAACUCGACCCAGACGACGGAUCAAGGCGCCGCUACUCAGUCUGGAGACGGAGACAGCCAGGAUGGAGUGGACAUGAAUACACUUCCUGGCCGAGCAUCACAGCGCACAUCUGCCGAAACUCGGAAUUCAACGCCCAACCCAAAGCAACCAAAGUCUGUAUAUCCUGCAUGUAUUGUUGGACUCGGGAUGGUCGCCCGCGGCGAAAUUGGGUUCUUGGUUGCUGCCCUGGCAGAAAGCAAAGGCAUUUUUGGCCGUCCGCCUGGCUCUAGCCAACCGUCGGAGUUGUUCCUCGUUGUGACGUGGGCCAUUUCGCUUUGCACUGUGAUUGGGCCCGUUUGUGUUGGACUUCUCGUGAAUAGGGUGAAGCGCUUAGAAAUGCUGAGCCGUCAAGGCUCGGCUGAGGGACGAGAAAAUGUGCUUGGUGCUUGGGGAGUCAUUUGA